CGCUGCCGCCGACGCUGACCGCUGACGCCGCCGCCGCAGCCAGCCUCCCGCUGCCUCCGGAAAGCCCCGUUGCGAUCGUGUGUCUUCUUACGUCAACAACCGCGAGAUGGUGCUGCAGAACGCGCCGCUGGAGGUGAGCAGCGUGCACCUGUUCCCGCUGGAGAACGCGGAGAAGCACCACACCGAGAACUUCGAGCUGGUGCACCUGGAGCCGGCCACGCCCGUGCUGCGCCGCGGCCAGGCCUUCAGAGUGGAGCUGCGCCUGCAGGGCCGCGCCUACGACCCCGCGCGCGACGCCGUGCGCCUCGUCUUCAACUUCGGGCCGCACCCGAGCGUGAUGAGGGGCACGCGAGGCAUCGCCCUCCUCAACCCCAGAGCGCAGCCCAAGGAGAAGCUGAGAAACUGGACCGCGACGGUGGCGGAGGCGCAGCCCGAGUCGCUCGUCGUAGAGGUUACCAGCCCUCCCGACGCCCCUGUGGGUAUUUGGGAACUGCAAGUGAAGACCUUGUUCAAGGAAGGGAGCGACGCAGAGCGCCUCAGUAAAUAUGAAGGCGACAUAUAUCUGCUCUUCAACCCCUGGAUUCCAGAGGACCAGACGUUCCUGGACAACGAGCGCCUGCUGGAGGAGUACGUGCUGAACGACGUGGGCAAGAUCUGGGUGGGGCCGCACACGGGCACCAGAGGCCGCGAGUGGGUGUUCGGCCAGUUCGACGCAGUCGUCCUCAAGGCCACGAUGUACAUGCUGCAGCGCUCGCGCAUGAAGCCGCAGGUGCGCGGGGAUCCCGUGCUCCUCACGCGCAAGAUUUCCCAAAUGGUGAACAGCAACGACGCAGACGGGGGCAUCCUGGAAGGCAACUGGAGCGGGGACUACGACGACGGCACCGCGCCGGCGGCGUGGACCGGCUCCGUCGCCAUCCUCGAGGAGUACCUCAAGAACCGAUCCACAGUCAGAUACGGCCAAUGCUGGGUCUUCGCUGGCGUCGUCACCACAGUGUGCCGGGCGCUGGGCAUCCCGUCGCGGCCUGUGUCCAACCUGGUGUCGGCGCACGACGCCAACGAGACGCUGUCCGUGGACCGCUACUACGACGAGAAGAACAUGCCGCUGGAGGACGACCCGCUCAACCCGUACGGCAACGACUCCAUCUGGAACUACCACGUGUGGAACGAGGUGUGGAUGGCGCGCCCCGACCUGCCCAAGGGCUACGGCGGCUGGCAGGCCAUCGACGCCACGCCGCAGGAGACUAGCGACAGUCUGUUCCAGUGCGGCCCGGCGUCGCUGGAGGCGAUCCGCAACGGCGCCGUGGGGCUCAACUACGACGUGCCCUUCCUGCUGGCGGAGGUCAACGCCGACGUGAUGCGCUGGAAGCGCGACGUCAGCGGCGAGAGCGACCUGGGCUACGAGCGCAUCGACUCCAACAAGUACCACAUUGGCCGUAUUAUUCUCACAAAGCAACCAUGGAUCUAUGACCCCAACGGAGACAAGGAUCGCGAAGACAUCACCAACACUUACAAACCACAGGAGGGCACCAAAGAGGAGCGUCUGUCCCUGAUGAACGGCGUGCGCAGCCUGGAGCGGGCCAAGCGGUUCUACCAGGUGCCGGACGUCAAAAGCGCAGACGUGGCCUUCGAGCUCGAAGACAUCGACAAGAUCAACAUCGGCGAACCCUUUGAAAACAAAGCAACUGAAGUGCGCACUGUGGACGUUAUGCUGUCAUCAGAAAGUAUAUACUACAAUGGCAUCAAAGCUCAUCCAAUCAAACAAGCGUCGGGCAAGUUCAAGAUCAACCCUAAUAACAAAGAGAAAUUGCGCUUAAAGGUCCAUGCAGAUGAAUACUUGGAAAAACUUGUGGAAUAUUGCAACAUGAAGAUCUGCGCCAUCGCAACUGUUGUAGACACUCGGUACACGUGGGCAGAUGAAGACGAUUUCCUUGUCAUCAAGCCUCCCAUUACUGUCAAGCUUCCUGACACGCUCAAAGUGAACGAGGCUGCUGUCGCGAAACUGAGCUUCAAGAACCCGCUCAAGAAGACGCUGACCAAAUGCAAAAUUCGCCUGGAGGCUCCAGGGCUCAUCCGCACGGCUCGCCCCGUCGUCCAGUACAGGGACGUAAAACCUUUAGAAGAUGUCACAUUGGAAUAUGAAGUUACUCCAAUAAAAGAAGGAAAUCUGAAGUUGAUUGCCACAUUUUAUUCCAAAGAACUUGUUGAUAUUUCUGGUUCAGCUACUGUAGAUGUGGUGUCUUAAACAUUUUAUUUCGUUUUUAUUUGUUGUAACGCUAUCAAUCAUCCUACAUCUUGCUUUCAAUCAACAGAGUGAAAAAUAUCCAAUAUAAAAUAUGCAGUGCCAACAUAUUAUUUUUUAUACUCGAAUUCAAGUACCUACAAAAACUAUAAAUUAAGAGAAUUAGUACUAGCUUUCUUCUUUCUUGAUGCUUUUUGUAAAACAUGUAAUAAUUGUAAUAAAUUGCAAAUUUCACUUGCAUCUUUCACAUAUUUAUUCAUAUUCCCUUUGUACCUACCUAAGGUGUUUGUGUAAUUACUAGUCAUUCCCUGAAACAAAUGAUAAUAAUAAACUAAAAUAUCUUAUUUCCAUAAGAUCACAUUUUAAAUUAUAAUUUGAAUGUCAUAUUACUUUUAGG